GCGCUCGCGCACCGCGCGGAACUACAGUUCCCAGCAAGCCCCACGUUUCCGGUUGGCAAGAUGGUGGCGCGUAGGAGAAAGCGUGCGGCUAGGGACCCUGAGGCGGGCGUUCCGAGCCCACCCGGCUACUACGCCAUUCCGAUCAAGUUCUCAGCAAAGCAGCGAGCUUCUCAUUACCUUUAUGUGAGAGAACACAGAGUUCGAGAAGGCACCCAAUCUACAUGGCCUCAGAAGCGCACCCUUUUUGUCAUCAAUGUGCCGCCAUACUGCAAUGAGGAAUGCCUGACUCGUCUGCUGUCCCCUUGUGGCACUGUCCAGUCUGUGGAGUUGCAGGAGAAGCCGGACCUUGCUGAGAGUGCAAAGGAACCCAAGUCGAAGUUUUUUCACCCUAUGCCCAUUCCGGGAUUCCAGGUAGCCUACGUGGUGUUCCAGAAGCCAAGUGGAGUGUCGGCCGCCUUGACCCUGAGGGGCCCUUUGCUGGUCUCUACGGAGAGUCACCCUGUGAAGAGUGGCAUUCAUAAGUGGAUCAGUGACUACGCAGAUUCAGUGACUGACCCUGAGGCCCUGAGAGUUGAGGUGGACACAUUCAUGGAGGCCUAUGAUCAGAAGAUUGCUGCGGAGGAGGAGAAGGCCAAGGAGGAGGAGGGAGUCCCUGAUGAGGAGGGCUGGGUGAAGGUGACCCGCCGGGGUCGGCGGCCUGUGCUUCCACGAACUGAGGCAGCCAGCCUGCGGGUGCUGGAGAAGGAGAAACGGAAGCGUGCACGCAAGGAGCUGCUCAACUUCUAUGCCUGGCAGCAUCGGGAGACCAAGAUGGAGCACCUUGCACAGCUGCGCAAGAAAUUCGAGGAGGACAAGCAGAGGAUUGAGCUGAUGCGGGCCCAGCGCAAAUUCCGACCCUACUGAGCCUGCCAGGCUGUGACCCUGCCUGCAGUGACAUUGGAGUGCAGGGCCUGGCCAGUGAGGACAUGGGGCCUGCUGGCCUGAGAUUGUGCUCUGCAAAGCAAGACAGUAGGCCAAAGGGCCACUGUGUCCUGCGGCCCAGCCCCAUCAGGUCUGCGUGGGCUGGAAGUGAAGGACAGGCUCACCCCGGGUCCCUGUGCUGAAGCAUGUUGGAGCACAGCAGGAGGAUGUGGCCCUCAGAAGUGGUUCCUACCUGUCAGGAAAACAAGUAACUGCUUGCGUCUCCCCUUCUCCUCAACGGAACCCCCUGCCGGCCAUGGAACAGCCUUGAAGGCAGCGAGAAGGCGAGAACAUUUUAUUUUGCAUCCAGGCUGGCAGUGGAGAAGGCUUCAGAAGCCACCAAAUGACAGGCAAGCUUCCUUCUGCCUAUACCAGCUCACUACAGGUCAUUAACUACAAAACAGACACCCUAAGUCUAAAUGCUGUCCCCUUGAAGUCACAAACGUUAAUGUCAGAAUCUUGGCCCUUCCCCCACCUCCAUCACAGGAUUCUCUCCUGUUCAUCUUGGUUUUCAGUAAGGCCUGUUGCCGCCAUGCCAGCCACGUGGAGGCUGAGCAGCGUGAGCGUGAGAUGUCCGUAGCCCAGGUCCAGGCUACAGCUGAGCUGGGAUCCUGCGUUUGCUCUGUAAAAAGGAGCUGACGACAUUGGCCACGUGGUGGGGAGCAUUCAUGUGGACAUAAUGGUUGCCAGGGAUUUGUACAAACUGGAACCGCUGGAGGAAGGGAGGGUGGUGAGGUGUGGCCAAAGGAAGUGGCAGUGCCCACCUGUGGCCAUUGAGCCCAGGAACUCAAUUGUGCCCUCCCUUGGCCUGCUCCUUCCCAGUGGGCCAGGCACUCCCUGGGGAUAAAACCAGUGUUCCCAGCACGCUGGGGCUCCUCAGACCCUAGGGACUCAGGACUUGGGUUGAGGACCAUCUGAGUUGUGAAGCUGUAGCACUGAGUGGGGGAGGCCUCUGUCGGGGUUGCCGGUGAUCCUGACAGAUGAGGGCCCCUGGAGAAGUGAGGUCACAGCACCAGCAAGUCCCUGAGGGAACACCAACCAGGGAGGCCUGGCCACAGCUCUCACCUGCCAGCCAUGGGAGGGCUGCCCUUUUGUGAGGGGUACAGGUGCCCCAGACUCGGGUGUUUGUGUGGAUAAUGAUCACAAAGUGCUGGUGCUCCCGGGGGUCCAGGUCAUGGCACAAGCCCCAGCCCAGCUAGCACACCCACUGGUAGGACUAGUGGAGGCGAUGGGGCUGUGGCAGAUGGGCCGAGUUGUGCCUGACCCAGGGGACACAUGUGAGAACAAUAGAAUAUUGUGCUAAUGAAAGGCCUCUUUCCUGAACUCGGACUGACCACAGUGGGGAUUGAGGCCAUAGUUCCUCAGGACACUGGGGCCUGGGGCCCGGGCGGGUGGGCACGGCCUGGACACCAGCUCCCCGAGCCUGCACAUGUUGCCUUUUUUUUAAGGUAAUAGCAUUUGAACCAGGGAUGCGCUGCCUCCCACAGUGCUCUCUGCCCUCCUGGCUCCAGGCUGCAGAGCUACAUCCCCAGUCAUUUUUUGAGACAGUCUUGCUAAGUUGCUCAGGCCAGCUUUGAACUUGUGAUUUGCUUCAGCCUCACAAGCUGCGGGGAUUUGUGGUAUGCACCACAGUGCCCAGCUGUUACCUCUUUUAGGACGGAUCGCAUCAUGUCCAGCAUAAACAUCAGCGGCUCCCUGUUGGCAUCAUUCUCCCGUCUCACAUCACUGUAUCCUUCUGCUGCUCUGGAAGCAAGAAGAAAUGGGUUCCCCCUUGGACCCUGCCUCCCAGCAGUGCCUUAGAAGACGCCACGUCUGGGCUACCUGCUACCUCUGACUUUCCCAAAGCUUAGAUUUACUGAGCACAGUCAUUCAGUAUGAGCCACAGGCCAGACUGACUGGGGUCACAGCCACUGAAUGCUGGGGCUGGAUAUUGAGCUUAAGUGCUUUACUACUAGGCUACAUCUGCACCCCUUUUUAUUUUUUAUUUUCAGACAGGGUCUUGCUAAGUUGCUGCAGCUGGCCUGAAAGUUGGGAUCCUCCUGCCUUAGCCUCCUGGUCACUAGGAUUACAGGAGUAUGCCACUGUGCCCACCUAAGGUCAGGCUUUGCUUUAUUUUUUAAGAUCUGUUGAGCUACAACAUACCCACCAUACAGUCAUCCUAUUGAAAAUGUUCCAGUUAAUGGUUUUAGUACAGAUUCGCCUCAGUUCAUGGUGGGGUUAUGUCUCUGUGGCUCCAUGGCAGGUGGAAAAUGCCUUGAUUACGCCAAGCCUGCCAAACACCCAAGCACUGUAGGUGCUGGCAGUGUCCCUGUGAUCUCAGGGCCUACUGGGUGCUGCCACUGCCCAGUGUCGGGGAGAAUGAGGUCGUGUGUUGCUAGCUCAGGAAAAGUACAGAUUCCAAGUGCCGUUUCUACUUGUGCACCAACAGAAAGUCAAAACCUCCAAAGAACUACGGCACCUCGGGUUUCCCCAGGAAGACCACACACCUUCCCACAGGUGUCUGGGAAGCUGACUUAUGAUGGAGGUGGCUGGUGCCAGCCACUGAAGGGUGGUGUGUCCAGACUUACUUGACAAGCAGGACGCGGGCCUGCAGCUGCUGGAUGGAGUGCGUGAACAGCUCCCUGCUGAUGAAGUCAAAGCUGUACUCCGGCUGCGGGGACAAAGCCAGGGUGAAUCCUUGUGGCAAGGAGCCCUGCAGUCCUGGGCUGUGGGUCCUGGUGAGGCCACCUCAGCACCUGCUCCAGACCAAGCCCAGCCCCACCGUGGCACCUCUGCCAGGCCUCCCACUUUCCCACAUCUGUUCUUGUCUCCUCCCUGGCUCGUGGCUGUCGGCCAGACUGUUGCCUGAGCCCUUUUCAGCUGUGUGGCCGUUUGACUGAAGGCAGAGAAGUGACUCGGGGUACUUCUGGACCUAGAUCUUAGAACCGAGGUGUGCUCCUCACAGCCCCCUUCUUACUGCACAGGCUGCCCUGGACUUUGUCACCUGGACACCAGACAGGGCCCUGGACCUUCAUGAGACCUCUCCACGAGAAAGGAACUUGCUUGGAUCACAGUGCAGAGUGACUUCACCCCAGCCUCUGCUGGCUUCCACCACAGUCCUGACCAUCCUGUCAUGACCACCGAGAGUGUCUAGGCUGCGCUGUCCAGUGCUGUGACCACCAGUCCUAGGGCUACUGAGGUGCCCUGUCGUGAAAUGCUUCUGGGUUUGGGACUCAGCUGGAAAAAUAACAAUCAACUUUGAUGUCAAUCAUGUCUUGAAAUGGUUAAAUAAAAAAUAUUACAGUUGGGCUGGGGCAGGUAGCUCUGUGGAAUAGAGCUUGCCUAGUAUGUGCUGGCCCUCUGUUUGGUCCCCAGCACCACAAUUAAUUUGCCUGCUUUCUUUUUUUUUAGAGAGAAUUUUUUAAUAUUUAUUUUUUAGUUUUCGGUGAACACAACAUCUUUAUUUUUAUGUGGUGCUGAGGAUCGAACCCAGAGCCACGCGCAUGCCAGGCAAGCGCGCUACCGCUUGAGCCACAUCCCCAGCCCUGCUUUCUUUUUACUCUUA